CGUCGAGUCGAUCUCCCUCACGAAGCAACCCCAGCCUUCUUUACCUUUCCCGGGCCGUGUCGCCCACGCGAUUCCCUUCCCUCCAAUCGAAUCACGUCGCCGUCCUCCUCCGCCUCCGCCGCCGCCAACCUCGUCGGCGCCGCCCUCGGAUCCACGCCGCGCGAUGCAGCACGGAGACUACGCCUCCUCGGCCCCCCCGGCUGCGGGCCACUACUACCCGCACCAGUUCGCGCCGAAUCCGCCUCCGCACCCGGCCUCCUCCGCCGCCGACGCCGCGCCGCCGACGAUCCCGGCGAGCUACGCCUCCGCGCCGCCCUACUCGGUGGGAGGGUACUCCGAUCAGCCGCCGUCGGCCCCGUCCUACGCGCCGCCGCCCCAGUACGCCGGGUACGCGCCGCCCUACAACAAUCCCAACCCCGCGCCCUACCCACCGGAGUCGUCCCCGGCGCCGGCGCCGUACUACAGCUACCCGCCGACGGCGGCGGGGGUGGCCACGCAGCAUGCUCCGGCGGCGGAGCCCAGCCCCGCGCCGCUGCCCUACGACGCCCCGUACUACGGAGGCUACCAGCCGCCUCCUACCGCGGGGUACGGCGACGAUGAUUACCUGAACGAGGGCGCCUACGCGUAUAGCGGCGACGGCGGCUCCGAGCCGUACGGGGCGCGCGGCACGGCGCCGACGCGGUCGGGUGCCGCGAUGUUUGAUGACUACGGCCGGUCGAUUGGGCCCUCGUCGGGAGGGGCGGACCAGUGGCCCACCGGUGGCGGCGGCGGUGUGGGUGGGAGCUUUGGGAAAAUUGCGAGGGCUGUUCCAAAAGCAGAGUCUCAUGAGGAUGCUAACGGUGGUGCGCAGAAGUUUCGGGUUAAACUGCUGCCUGAGGGUGCCGGGAGCCCUACCGAUGUGCUUUGUCAGAUUGGUCUGGAUGGAAUUCGCAUGCUUGAUCCCAGCACAAGCAGGACACUAAGGAUUUAUCCCCUUGAUACACUGACAAGAUGGGAUGUUUUAGAUUCAACCGUAUUUGCAUUUUGGGCGAAGACUCCAGUUGAUUUUGAAGCAAAGCGAAUAAGGUUGAAGUCAAACAGCUAUACCUCCAAUACUUUGCUUGACACUGUGACUGCAGCAACAGUGCAGUUUAAGGAGAUUGGUGGAGAUGCAAGAGGCAGAGGAACUGUAGACAGUAGCAAACCCAUGUCACAAUCAAAUGAGAAGAAGAAAGGUUUUGAUUGGAUGUUUGCAAAACCUGUUGACGAAGUGAAAGACCAUUGGGUUCCAGAUGAGGCUGCGAAGAAGUGCUACUCAUGUGCUGUUGAUUUUAGUCCUUUUAACCGCAGGCAUCAUUGUAGGAACUGUGGUGAAAUAUUCUGUGACAAAUGCAGUCAAGGAAGAACUGCUCUGACUGCUGAAGAUAAUGCCCCGCUUGUCCGAGUUUGUGAUAGAUGCAUGGCAGAAGUCUCUCAAAGGCUUAGCAUAGCACAGGAAGCUGCCAACAGGUCUGCCACAGUGCAAAGUCAUGAAGAUCUUGCAAGAAAACUUAAGGAGGAAAUGGAGAGAAAUCGCAAGUCCUCGGGUUCUGCAUCUGGAGGUUCAUCUGGGACCAGAAUGAGGGAAGUUGCAUGUCCUACUUGCACUGUCCAUCUUCAGGUUCAGGUUCCAACCUCUGGCUCAGAAACAGUGGAAUGUGGGGUAUGCCAGCAUGCUUUCCGUGUCAGCGCCAAUUGAUAAACCGGGAGACAGAGCAUGUCUAUAGCAAUUAUUCUGUUUAUAACUCACUUAUUUUGCUGUUCCAUACAUAAUAAGCGUGUGUGCAGCCUGUAGAUAUUUCCUGGUUGUGUUGGUGACCAUGACAGGAUAUACUAGGUUUUUCUUGUACAUGGGUUAAUCCUAAAAUAUAUGCUCUAAUACUGCUGAAAUUGAAACAUGCUUGGAUGUCUCUGGAGAAUAUCAAAGAAACAUUCGUUUCUAUGCUUCAAACAUAUAUAUCUCAACAUAAGUUCUUAAAAA